UUGCAACUCCAGUUAGAUCUACAUGUACUCAAAUGGUUUCUGGAUCCAGUACAAGCCUGAAAAUACACUGAGGAGCUGUGUUGGGUCAGAGCUGGUAGACUGGCUUCUAGAACACUGUCCUUUUGUCCAGUGCAGAUCUAUGGCCAUAGGGGUCUGGCAGCUCCUACUGGAUAUGGGGAUUAUGUUAUCAGUGGACCAGAAUUUAUACUUUCAAGAUACCUAUGUUUUCUACCAGUUUUCUUCUGAUGAAUGUAGCUACUUGUACUGUGAAUUUGAAAGAGAAGAAGAAUGGCAGAAUGGUGUCAAACUUUUACUGCAACUUGUGCCUCUCAUUCCUGCUAGAGCGGGCAUCUGUGAACUGUCUCAUCAGAAAAUGGAAGACUCAGAAGAAAGCAGUGAUGAAAUUCUCGCUCGUCUAACGUCUGCGGUGCAGAGAGAACUAGCAGCUGUUAUUGCUUUGAAAGCAAGGAAAUCUGCAAUUGAACAAGAUGAAGAAAACCGUGACAAACACGUCAUUGUGACAGAAGCUGGAGGUGUUCCAGAUUCUCAGGCAGGAGUGAUGUGCAAACUUCAGGAGAGAGAUGACAUCGGACGAAUUGAACUGGUCCAGAAGCUGGCGAGAGAAAACUGUCAGUUUCUACAGACAGACAAAAAAGAACAGGAGAAAUCUGAACACGAUGAUGAGGUGAGGACAGUUCAGGUGAAGGAGCAAGAGCACAAUGUCCUGGUGCUGAAGAGGGUGCAGUGCUGUGGGCCGGCCCCCCCGGCCGGCACCGCCGACAGUGAUUGGAGAUACGUGGUCGUGUCCGGGACCCCCGAGAAGAUUUUGGAGCACCUUUUGAAUGACUUGCACCUGGAAGAAGUCCAGGACAAAGAAACAGAGACGCUCCUUGAUGAUUUCCUUCUCACGUACACGGUCUUCAUGACGACUGAUGACCUGUGCCAGGCGCUGCUGAGGCACUAUUCUGCUAAGAAGUAUCAAGGCAAAGAAGAAAACUCAGAUGUUCCUUGUCGGAAACGAAAGGUCUUGCAUCUUGUGUCCCAGUGGAUUGCUCUCUACAAAGACUGGUUACAUGAAGACGAACAUUCAAAAAUGUUCUUAAAGACUAUAUACAGGAAUGUACUGGAUGAUGUAUAUGAAUAUCCAAUACUUGAAAAAGAGUUGAAAGAAUUUCAGAAGAUACUUGGAAUGCACCGUCGUCACACUGUAGAUGAAUAUUCACCACAAAGGAAGAAUAAAGCCCUUUUCCACCAAUUCAGUCUUAAGGAGAACUGGCUCCAGCAUAGAGGAACUGUGACUGAAACAGAGGAAAUUUUUUGCCACGUGUACGUAACGGAGCACUCCUAUGUCAGUGUGAAGGCAAAAGUUUCCAGUACGGCACAUGAGAUCCUGAAAGUUGUGGCAGAAAAGAUCCAACAUGCGGAAGAGGAUCUGGCUCUGGUGGCCGUCACCUUCUCUGGGGAGAAGCAUGAACUUCAGCCAAAUGACUUGGCCAUCUCCAAAUCCCUGGAAGCAUCAGGUCGGAUAUAUGUCUACAGAAAAGACCUAGCUGACACUUUGAACCCAUUUGCAGAAAAUGAGGAAUCACAGCAAAGGUCGAUAAGGAUUUUGGGAAUGAACACUUGGGAUCUUGCUCUGGAAUUAAUGAACUUUGAUUGGAGUCUCUUCAAUUCGAUUCACGAGCAAGAGCUGAUCUACUUCACCUUCAGCCGACAAGGCAGUGGGGAGCACACCGCAAACCUCAGCCUUCUGCUGCAGAGAUGCAAUGAAGUCCAGCUCUGGGUGGCCACGGAGAUCCUGCUCUGCAGCCAGCUGGGCAAGCGAGUGCAGCUGGUGAAAAAAUUCAUCAAAAUCGCUGCACACUGCAAAGCCCAGAGAAACCUGAAUUCUUUCUUUGCUAUUGUGAUGGGUCUCAACACUGCUUCUGUCAGCCGGCUGUCGCAGACCUGGGAGAAAAUCCCUGGGAAGUUUAAGAAACUUUUCUCUGAACUUGAAAGUUUAACAGAUCCUUCCUUGAAUCACAAAGCCUACAGAGAUGCAUUCAAAAAGAUGAAACCACCCAAAAUCCCAUUCAUGCCCCUGUUGCUUAAAGAUGUAACAUUUAUUCAUGAAGGAAAUAAAACAUUUUUGGAUAAUCUUGUCAAUUUUGAAAAACUGCACAUGAUUGCCGACACUGUCCGAACCCUGAGACACUGCAGGACUAAUCAGUUUGGAGGCGACGUGUCUCCAAAGGAGCACCAAGAGUUGAAAUCCUAUGUAAAUCACCUGUAUGUCAUUGACAGCCAGCAGGCCCUGUUUGAGCUGUCCCACAGGAUUGAGCCGCGGGUGUGAGGGCCCCCCCGCACCUUCCCCAUAACUGCAGCGCUUUGAGCUGUGGGCACGUGAGUGCUGAGCACGUUGCUUUCCUGUGAGAAAAGAAGUUGCUGAGUUUUAUCAGCAUAAGAUGCACACAGGAAAGCCAAGCAAAGCAUGUUCAGGAAGUGAUGUCAGCCGCCAGAGAUGGGGAGAGGCCUCUCCGAGCUGCUCUCAGAACAAGAAGGCAGAAAGAGUCAGAAGCAUUCUUGAAAUGGAGAAGUCUGGUUUCUUCUGACUGCCUUUUUGAUCCAACCCAAUUUUGAUCUUGAGAUGUGCCAGUGUCAAGACAAGAGCAUGUCUUGUCCUAGUGACCAAAUGCAUCAGCACGAGUGUGCAUGAGCCGGGAGUUUUACUUUGCCUGGUGGUAGAUUACUGUGUAUAGGCUGUCAGAGAAGCAGCUCAUUUGAACACCUAAAGACAGUGAUGGCAUCUCAAGAUUUCCAGGGAAAAGGAGUGGCUGCUGUCAGUACAAACAGUGACAUCACCAAAAGCCCCUCAUGUCUAGGAAGUUAGUGCGGACCAGCAGCUGGCCUCUGUGCUCUGAUUUCCAGAAGGGAGAUGUCAAGGCAUGCAUUUCUUUGCAUCCACAAUCACUUGUCGAUGUAGGCUUGCGGGGGAAAUGCGUUUCUGCACAACUGAUCUGCAGCUCUAGGCUGCGUCGCUUUGCCAAUAAGGAAAAAUAGUAGUCAUCUGCAAGAAAUGGGCUCACUGUUUAAUUUUGGGGGAUUUUCUUCACAUAUGCAAGAAGAUUCGCAUUUCUUAUUGGGAACAAUGUGAUUUUUUAAAAAGCACAGUGUAUGAUAGAGGGUAGGCACUCAGUAACGAUUUCGAGGGGUACCGGAGUCCCAGAGGUCUGCCUUCUUGUGCCUGAUGAGGCCCUGGUGUUUUGCUGGCCUCCAGCAGGCUGCUCAGUAACAACCACCACAGGGAGGCUAAGUGGGAUUGAUGUGGCACGCACUUAGCCCUCACGAGAUAAGAGCAAGGUAGUGACUAGUGACCGCCCAUCUUACAGCAAAUAAGAACCCCCAAAUACCCAAAUGUCUGAUUGAUGUUGGACACUUAGAAGUCCUGCAGUCCGCCUCCCAACCGACGGCCGGAGCCUUUCUAUAAUUUGUCUUUUUUCCCCCUGCCCAAAGUCUCAGAGUCUUUUAGUCUAUUUUUAUUCCUAUUUUGGCUCCUCUAGCAAAUAAAACCCCUUGUUAUUCUGAAGAACUGGUUAGAGUAUUUCCCUCGAGCUUCCCGUGAACAACAAAAGCCUGUGGGAUACAAGAGUGAAAUCCACCGCUGCGGGCUAGGUGCUCGUCACGUUGCUAAAAUAUAAGGGCCCUGCUUCAUGUCCUCAGCCUUCAUUUUCCAUGCGUGUGAAUUCUUCACGCUCCUGCCUGCUCAUCCCUCAGGUGCCCGCACAGAACUGCUUCCUGCUGUCCCAUCCACACCUUAUGACAGAGCUGUGCCCGACGCUUGCUGAUACCCUCUCAGCGGCGCUGUUUCCUGGGCUUAGGAACCAUACUGAGUUUGCGAGAUCACGGGAAGGAACCACGUGGAGAAAAUUUGGGGGACGACUUUCAAAAAGACUCCAUCUGUCCCCACAGUUGAAACUUGAGUCCUGAAAACUAACAGGGCUAUAAGAGAAAGGCACCAUCCAGGGCUGGGCCACUCAAAGACAAGCUCAGGCUACCGGGUAAUGGACUGAGACCCUGGAGAAGAUGAGAGCUGGCGGAACCGGGGAAAACCGGCUCCUCUCACGGCUGAUCAAGGCGAAAGCUCUCCCCUUGGCAAUUGUUGGGGAUAGCCUGGGCUUACAGCACAAAGGCCUGUGUUCUCACCUUUUCUCUGCUCUAGGGAGGAUCAUUUGGCCAGUGUGAUCAUGUCAGGCCAUUUUGACCUUGUCUCCACAUUUUACCAUUAGAUCUGUUCACAUUAGGUCUCCAUUGCUCCCACCAGAACAUUACCUCUUGAGGACUCAUUUUCAGUGGGGAAUGAUUUCAGCAUAGCACCUGCUGCUUAGAUCCCAGUUCAGAUACGUACACAGCCAGAUGAAUCCACACAUACAUCGCAUUUAACACCUUCCGAUGGUGUGGUCAGUAUUCCACCCGGUGUGGGUAGACCCAGGCCGGGGAGAACGUGAUGCUUGCCAGCACUUCGCUCCAGCCAUGGUCACGUGACUCUCAGGGCAGCAGCGGGAAGGGAGGGUUUUGUGUAGUUUACAUUUGCUUUUUCAUCCCUGUCUUCUGAAUGUCAGAAUUUCCAAGUCUUUCUGAAAUUUAACAACUGUCUCCAGAGAUUUCCCAAGCAUCAGCAGCUCAGCAGUUUCCGAAGCCCGUGAAGACUUAAAUCUGGAACUCAAGAAUCAAAGGCAGAACCGUGGGAGCCUGAUUUGGCUCAGCAUGAAACUUGCCCUCACAAAGCCGGACUGUCCCACAGCGAGGCCGCCUGUGAAGAGGGAUGGGCUGUAUUCGCUUUCCAAAUACUUGCCCACAUCUCUUGGGAAUAGGUUCUGUUCUGGCUAGAAGGGCAGACAAAGAUGUACAAGCUCCUUCCCAGGUCUUAAAUUUGUGUGGUUGCCUAAGAUCUCCAUUCACUCUGAAAACCUCCUGUCACCUGCCGCCUUCCUCAGCAAGUGGCGCGUGAGCACUUCUCCGUGGGUUCUUGCUGCUGCAGCGCAACCUCCAGACAGUCCUGCAGGCCUGUGGAUUUGUCCGCGUUCCAGCAAAGCAGCCCUGCUUAGAAGUUAGCACAGGACAGGGUCCUGCGGGCAAAACUGCAGCCUUUCUGAAACUUUUCUCCAUACGUAUUUGCAGAUGUUCCAAAGGCUACAGUGUUUUAAAUUCACUUUUGUUAUAAUCUGUACAAUUACCAACUGGUUAUAGUGCUAAAUAUUAUGACCUGCAUUCACUUUAUGUUAGUAUCAUUAAUGAUGUUUGAAUAAAUGCAUUUUCCUAGACCCCUGUCCACAAGCAAGUUGCGUGGAGCAUACAUUGAAUUCACAAGGAUGAGGAAUAAAGCAAAAAGCCAGACCUCCCUGUUGGUAAGCAGAAGGCGUUGUGCCAUGUAGACUAGCCUCUGAAUAGAGAGAGACAGUUGCAUGAAAGAGGGAGUUGGUGAUUUCUGGUCCCUGGAGCUGGGCUUCACCACGGCCCCAGUCCCAGCCCCAAUGUCUUGUUACGGCCAUCGCACACAGCACAGAUCCCAGAGCUCGCGUUCUCGGGUGGCAUAGCUAAUCCGAGCUUCUCAGAAACUAGGCAGAAACAUUAAAAUGGAGGAAGAUCAGGUCCACUGCAGUUGUCUAAUAUAGAGUUUCUUUUAAAUGCUUCAAAGACAUGUCCUUAAAAUUUCAGCCUGCAUAUUAAUGAGUGGGCCACCGUGCUUAAAACUAGUAGGGGAAAGAAAAGUUUUUAAAAAUUGCCAAAAAGUUAGAUGAAAUUGUACUACUGUGUAAAGCAAAGCUGUGUAUACUACACGUUUUUUAGCAGAGUAAUAUUUAUUUGCAUAGCCUAUUUAUUGUAUUCGUAUUACACGGUUAUUAAAUACUGGGAUGAAAUGGAUGCCCUGAAGCAAGGACUCUCGCCUUUUAAUGUACCAUUAAUUAGGACUGAUGUGACAUUGUCAGCUUGCGUUAACAAUUAGAAGACAGAAACCCCGCGGUCAGGGUGUCUACCUAACUUCUCAGGGACUACACUUUGUAGUUUUCCACCAUUAUAAGAGCUGGUAAAUAUGAAACACUUGUGGAAUUACCAGAAUUGCCAUUAACAGUAUUUUCUUUCUCCUUAUGUUGUGCUUUCUGCUUCUGUAUAUAUGACUGUGCUGUGUAUUUAUCGAAGCUAGUAAGCAAUAAUUUAUAUGUAAAAAAUGGCCAAGCAAUAUAGGGUGAAAACUUAUAUAAGUCACUGUUACCUUAUCUUGUAUUUUCAAGUGUUUUUUAAAAAUUGCUUUUCCAAAUAUAAGAUUAUGUUCAAGAUACUA